AUGGCCUCCUCCUCCUCCUCCUCCUCCUUUUCCGCCGAGCCUGGCCGAGGCGAAGGCAGCAGCGAGUCUUUGCUGAUGCUCCUAAGGGGCUGCCAGCCCGGGCCCGGCGUCGCCUCCCCCUUCGGCCCGGUCCUGCCAGCGCCGCGCUUCUUCGAGGCGCAGCCUUCCUCGUGCCCUUUCCAGACGCCCCUGGGAGCAGGACUGAGCCCCGGUUCGCCUCGCCUGGCGCCCUUCCCCUUCUCGCGCCUGCCCGCCGCCGCCUUCCUGCCUCCUCAGCUGCUGCCGCCGCCGCCGCCCGGUCCUCCUCUGCCCAGGCCCCAGCCGCUGCCGGUGGUCUUCCCGUCGCCCUUGGCUCGGAAGGGCGAGUCGCCUCGCCGGCGCGUCUCCGAGGGAGCGUCGCCCAAGAAGAAGAGCCCCGACGGAGCUCCGGACGCCGAGCAGCGCGCGCCCACCUACCGCUUCACCGCCCAGGAGCUGCACGCCGUCCUCUACGGGGCCGGGCCAGGAGGGAGGCAGCAGGGCGCCAUGGCGGGAGCCGGGCACCCUCCUCGCAGCCCGGGCGCAGUUGAUGCUCAGCCGCCGCUCCUGGACAGGUCUUCUCUGCAACUCCCCGAAGGGCUAACGGUGUUGCAGACCGUCUUCGAGGACAGUCCGCAGCUGGGAGUCUUCUGCACCGAGACCAUCCCUGUCGGCGUCCGCUUCGGCCCUUUCCAGGGCAAAGUUGUCAACAUCAGCGAGAUCAAGACUUACGAUGACAAUUCCUUGAUGUGGGAGAUUUUUGAGAACGGCCGCUUGAGCCACUUCAUCGACGGCAGGGGCUCCUCCGGCAACUGGAUGUCCUUAGUGAACUGCGCCCGCUUCCCCGAGGAGCAGAACUUGACGGCCCUGCAGUGCCAGGGGCAGAUAUUCUACGAGAGCUGCAAAGAGGUCACGCCCGGCCAGGAGCUGUUGGUCUGGUACGGGGAUUGCUACUUGCAGUUCUUGGGCAUCCCUAUCAGCCUGAAGGGAACGGCGGAAGGCAAGCCUGUCCAGGCGCACAGUGAAGAGUCUCUGGAGGGCUAUAAGUGCGAGCGCUGCGGCAAGGUGUUCGCCUACAAAUACUACCGCGACAAGCACCUGAAGUACACACGGUGCGUGGACCAAGGGGACAGGAAAUUCCCGUGCCAGCUUUGCAAGCGGUCUUUUGAGAAAAGGGACCGGCUGAGGAUCCACGUCCUGCACGUGCACGAGAAGCACAGGCCUCACAAAUGUUCUAUAUGUGCCAAAAGUUUCUCUCAGUCUUCCAGUCUAAACAAGCACAUGAGAGUACACUCUGGAGAAAGGCCCUAUAAAUGUGUGUAUUGCAACAAGGCAUUCACCGCCUCCAGCAUCCUGCGUACCCACAUCCGCCAGCAUUCAGGAGAGAAGCCUUUUAAAUGCAGACAUUGUGGCAGAGCAUUUGCUUCCCAUGCUGCCCAUGACAGCCAUGUGCGGCGCACACAUGGUGCUAAAGACAACUGCCGCACCUGUACUUUGUGUGGCAAGACCUUUUCAGAGGUAGAAGAAUUCCGCUUCCAUAUGAAGUUUCACACAGGCCAUUAGCCAGAAAGCUAACGAAUAGGUUGCAAACCAUUUGGACAUCUGUUUGGCAUUUUCUGCAAUGUGUUGGUUUUCAUGUAGCACUACCUACCCAAUAGAGAUAAUGAGAGAUACAACUACAUACAACUGCUCAGGAUGUGAUCUUCACCCAUUAGUACAGGCAUGAGGAACCUAUCCCCAUGCUCUGAGGGCUACAUUCUCUAGGGCCAAAGUGGUGCCACACUAUUUUCUGCCCUGCUCAAAACACACACACUAAUCACUCCCCCGUUCUCGGCCCCCACCCUUUCAGCUGAUUUGUGCAAAACAGCUGAGCAGUGCUAAAUCAUUCAUUCCCUUAGUGCAAAAUUUCUGCUCAUGCAACAGAACUCUCCCCUCUUCCCUUCACAUGCUCCCCAAUCUUUUAUGGGGGUUCUCCUAAUUCUUGAACAAAUUGGGGAGGAGAAGGGGAAAGUUCCAUUGUGCAAGCAUAAAUCGUUGAGUAAAUGGAAUGAGGGCUUUAGACAACGCUCUUAACAUUGGAGUGGGGAUGAAAACCAGCCAUUCCUUGACUGAUCCCACCGUAAUCACCUCAGGAAUCAGCCAUUUUCAACCCCAUCACAGUGUGUUAGGAAGGGAGGUUUUUCAACACACUUGCACACCCUUCCCAACACAUUGUGAUGGGAGAAUGCCCAUCAGUUGAUUGGAUCCUAUAAGAUGUGGUGGUGUGAAAAUGACCUUCCACUCCCUUUGGCUAAGGGGUGGGGAGAACUUUGUUUUUACCUGCAUUGUGAAAGGUGGAAAUGAAAACCAGGUUAUCCUGAUCACCUGAGGAGAGGGCCUGGUUUCAGGCGAGUGCUAGGGCAAAAAACUACUGAGAUGGAGAUUACCCAGAAGAAUCCAGAAAAUUUGAUCCUGAGAUGCCAAAGACAUUUUAAUAACCACCUAUGCCAAAUUAAAACACAAUGUUUAAUUAUGGCAAAUAUUUCUGCACUUCCAAUACAUUGUAUUUGCUGUUAAUUUUAAAAAAGAGAGACUGUAUGUAAUUUUUGCUGGCUCAUUUCUAUGUUUUUGUGCUGCUAGAAUUUGUUGAAAGGUUUGUCAAUGUGAAUGUGUUUCUAGGGGUAUUGGGUUGUAUUCAGUGGUGUUGCUCAGUGGAUGUUAAGCCUUCUGUCAGCAGAACAGGGAAGGAAGCAGUUUUCAGCAAUUUCCCCUGCUCUCUGCCCCCCCAAAUCUUCACUGGAGCAAAUGGGGUGGUGGCAAGGGGAGGGAGAAUUGCUAAAAUCACUUCCAAUCCUGUUCUGUUCUUAUUACAGUUACCCACAAAAAGGCUAGUUGUGGUGUUACUAGCUGCCAGCCAUUCACUCAUCUGUUAACUUACUGCCCCUUACCUGUCUGCUUGGACACUUGUUGGCUCUAUGUCAAGGACGCUGUCCUUUGGGCUCUAAGCUAUUGCCCACCUCCCUUCCUGUCCAGUGUGCCAGCCCAUUUGUCACCUAGGGCAUUCACCAGCUCAUUGCUGGAGAACAGAGUGGCCACACAUCAGCAGGUAUAUUUCUUUUUAAAAUUACACUAUUUUUGAAAAUGUGCGCAAUUUUCUUUAACAAAUCUCAAAAUUCAUCCCGUGCUUAAUACUGAGGCAACACUUUUAAACAAUAGCUUAUUGGCACUCUUGAAGUGGGGAAGGAAAUACAAAGUUUAUGAAGUAUUGUUAAAAAAAAAUCUACAGCAAAUUGUACUUUAUAUAAGCUUUGCGCAUAAGUAUAAGAAAUAUGGGCUGGAAUGUUUGUGAUUAUGGUUUGAGAGUUGCCUUACUCUUUAAAUACGGUGUGACUGUGUGUUGCUGUUGGAAGUGAAAUGUAAUUUUACAUUUGGGUAUACAAAUGUUAGUGACUUGCACUGAUCUAUUUAUUAUUGCUGCUCAAAAUGUUGUCUUGUCUUGUUUUGGUGGGUAAAAUGAAAUCCUGUAAGCAUAAAAUAUACAUAAAAAUUCUUUACAUGAAUGUUAAGAUUUGUAGAGUACGUGGAAGAUUGAAUGGCUAGAGUUGUGUUUUAGCUUUGUUUCUUGCCUUUUGCAUGUUUGUCUAUGUUUUGUAAUAUUUGAACAGAUGUGAUGUAAGCUGUGGCAUUAAGAUCCUUGGGGACCUCAGAUGUAAUGAACUGCUGUAUGUGGUGCGGCCCUUGGAAAAGGUUUUGAAUUUUGGUACUGUAGUUAGUUCAGAGCACAGUUGCUGGGCCUGACAUUGCAGGUCUUAGCUUGCUAGUGCUCAAAUGUUUCCAACUGAGCUCAAUUUGUACUUUGCUUUCAACUUCCCCUACAUGGUUUGGUGUAAGCUGAAGAUAGUUCUGGAUCAUCUGAUAGAUGCUUUUCUGUAGAUCUGCAAGGAUUUCUGACUCCCAAUUUGUUUGAACAUUGGCACCACUAACAAAAUGACCUUCCCCACCUGAAUUAGGCUACGAAAUAAAGAGAGCUACACAGAAAUAAUGUGAAAACGAUGAAUAAAGUUAAGUUCUGGUACUGGGAAAAAAAUGCCUAGGCUCAGAAUGUACUCAGAGGCACCCUCCCUCUCUUUUUUACUUAAAAGGUUUAGUCUGGCUCUUGCUAGUAAAUUUUGGGAUUCUACUAAAAAACAAAGUAGUUCCAACAAACCUGAAGUCUGCCCAAUCCUAGGUUAUGACCCACGUACUACUUGUUCUGCCUCCUUUCCAACCAGUCUGC